AUGACUUCCCUACAGAUCCAGAUGAAGGGGAGUCCAUUUCAUGUCCAGGCCAGUAAGGUGUUAGCUCAUAUCUUCACAAUGAGCCUUCACUGGUCUGGCAGGUUGGUGCGGUCAAAGUUGCUGGACCUAUACAUAGAGAAGUUUGUGAUAUCACCCACAGCAAAGAAAGAGGAAAUUCACUCGUGUACUCAGACCAAGGCUCUGACAAUGGUAGACAAAGGGGUACAGACAGACAUGAUCAAAAUCACAGAAAAACGAUCACAGGCAGAAUCUCCCUCUCCGGUUGCACCAGCAUCUGAACCAUGGAAAAAAUCCAAAACAAAAACGCUGACAAAUAACACAAAAGCCACCACUGUAGAGUCAAAGAAAGACAUUGAGUGGCCAAAGUUGUCAGGUCCGAAAGUGCCUGAUUGGACCAAUCGGUUGCUGGACAGUCCGAAACUUCCAGACUGGAGCAGCCCAGAGGGAAGUAGCAGUAGUGCCCGAAAGAUUCCAGAGUCGUUGACAAGUGGAUUGUAUUUUUCUGCAGAGGAUAAAUCAUUUCCGAGUUCACCGGACAUCAGACAAUCUUCAUUUCUUAAUUCGCCAGACAAUCUCAGAAAGCGAAAUUUGAAUCAGUUGAGGAGCCCUAAAGAGACCCCGGUAGUGUCGGAACCCACGCAGAACUUUACAAACUGGUCAGACAAUAUGGUGUUUGGAUCUAAAUCAAACUUUCUGUCCAGUGAUCGUACAAUAAAGAAAUCGGAAGAUGAAAGAAAAAGCCAACUGUUGAAGAACAAACUUUGUGCUUUGGCAGAGCCUAAAUCAAAUCCCACAGGACUGAAAGCUCAGAGUUCCACAUUCCAGCAAAAUAAUGGCUCUAAAACGGAAAAUCAACAGAUAAGGCAGUCGGGAGGAAAGGAAGUGUCUUACUCUAGCAAUAGGAAAACGAAGGAUCUGAAAGAGGAGCAGAAAUCUAGAGACCCAGAACCAGUUUCUUGGUGGGAUUCAACAGGCAGCUUAACGAGAUCAAAUUUAAAAUCUCCUUCUGUUGGCUCAGAAGAGGAUUCAAGUGGCAGCGAAAAAAGAUCUUUGGGCAGAGGGAGGGGAAGGUGUGUCAAAAAGGGGCUUCCUGCACCCUCAAAUUCAUCUUCUCUUGUGCAGAAAUCAGACUUUGGAGAUGAGAAAUCUGAAAAUCUUUCUAGCUCUCAGAAGAGGGUCAAUCCUUUGCGAGCCACCAGAGAUGAAAAUCCAUUGCGCUUCCAAAAUCAGAAUGCUAAUUGCAAUAAAGGUAGUGGUGCUAGUGGUGGGAAAUCCCCACAAAAAGUGAUGGACUGGUUCUCUAUGGAGGAAGUAGAAACUGGUGAUCAGCCCAUAGAAACAGGCAGCAGGAAUGAGGAUGACGUUCCAGACGACUGGUUUCUGGCGAGCGAGGACGAAAAAAGUGCCAAAUAUUCCCAAAACAGUGAUAUGCAAGCUUUACAGAGUCAAGCAAGUGACAUUUCAAUGAAUCAAAAAAGUGCUAGCAAAGGUCAGGUGUCUCAAAAUGGAGACUCGCCAUCACAGACAGAAGCUGACACGGGGGGACUGGACGGUAAAUUUGAUGGUGAGGACGGUAGCGGUGACUGCCCCACGCGACCCUCCCAUUUUUCCGACGAAGAUGGUGAGGAUGAUGGAUUGUGGGAAACAGACCAGAGCUCUGAUGAUGAAAUGUUUAUGAGGCCUGCAAAUGCUGACACUACUGACCAGGGAUUUACAGAAAGCUCUAGUGUUUCCAAGUGGGUUCCUGGGCAAAGAAAGUGUACACUGUGUGGUGCGACUGAUCAUGUUAUAUACAAGUGCCACAGGAAGAAAGACAACAGCUUUUUUCUGUAAAAAUGUGCCAUUUUAUUAACUUGUUCUUGUAUUUAAGGGUAAGCUUUUAUCCCCAUAGUUCACAAGAUCUGAAGCUUGCAGUUAUUUUUAUUGGUCAAAGUUUGUGUGUGUAUCUGAAUGUAUUUCUGUACCCUUCAGUGAAAGGAUUAGUGAUCAAAUGUCUUCACCUGUUCUUGAUUCACGUAAUCUAAUGAAAUUUUGUCUGAUGAUUAACUCUUUCUCCUGCAUAAUUGCCUCAGGUGGUGAUGUAAAGAUUAUAAUUUGCUAAUGUCAACAUUGAAAAAAAAGAAUGUUUUGUCAAGGCCAGUAUUUGUACCGAAAUAAAACUUUAAUAAAUCUUUAUUAAUUAAAAAAGAAUGGUUUUCAGAUUAUAAUUUGUUCUUUGAAUUUAUUCAAUAAAGUUUUAACUCCCAGUGAAUAAAUUUUCUUCUUAAUUUUGCGAAAAAAGUCAUAUUAAAUUCAUUUAUUGCAGGCAGAAUUUUUCGAUGACAAUUCUCUGUAAGAUUUUGCAUUGGCAUUUAAGCACAUACAUUUCCCGAACUUAAAAAGAUCCCUAUUGACUUUGAAUUCAAAAGUGAAGGUCAAACUUUUUUCUUCACCUUAAUUUUACAAAAAAAGUCUGAAAUUCAUAUAUUGCAGGCAUAGUUUUCAGAUGACAAUUCUCUGUAAGAUUUUGCAUUGACAUGUGAGUUCACAAAUUUCCUGAACUUAAGAAGAUCCCUAUUGACUUUGAACCCAAAAUUUAAGAUCAAACUUUUUUUCUUUCUUCACAUGUAUUUUUUCAGGUCUUGCAUGCUUUUAUUUCUCCAUAAGUUGGGGCAUAGAAUCCCAGAAUUUAAUACAAGAUUGUUUUUACCAUAUCACUCAAUUAUGUAUUGUUUAAAUAACUUACCUCUUCCAAAGAAAUAAUUAUGUAAAUUGCAAAUCUUCUUAUCUUGAAGUAAAAUAUGCAUUAAAGACUAUGCAUUUAUUCUACACCUGUUAUUUUAACAAAUUAGAUAUUUUGUAGGGAAAAAUAGCUUUUAAGUGUUUGAGAUGUUAUGUUUAUUCUUAAGGUUUGUGUGUUCUUGUGUGCCAAUUUUUCAGUGACUGUUAUAAUCAAAUGUUUAAUUUUGAUACUGCCUGUUUGUUCUUUUUAAUUUAAUGAAAGUUCAGUUUUGGGAUUUUUGUGACCUUAAAUGAUUCCUAGUCUCCAACUAGAGAAACCAGAGCAGAAUAUAAGUUCCUCAUUUGUCUGUCUGUCUGUCAC